AGCGAUACAAAAAUGGUAAAGAACGGGAAGUGCUUUGUGAAGAGAGGUUGUCCCUUCGCUCGUCCGUACGUGGAGAAGACUGACGUCGCUGGGAGGAAAAUGUCCUGUUGGUUGUGGAAUGAGACGCUGGAGCUUGCAGAAGAUUACAUCGGUUUCUGCAGCGGGAUCCAACGGACACCUCCCAGCGAGUCAGCUGUAGCGAUGAGACACCUAGCCAAGGAGCUGGAGCAACAGCACAGCUCGAAGUUCCAGUCCCUGUCCCAAACAUUCCUGGGCUCCUGCGGAUCCGACCCGAGCAGCAGCCUGCGGGGUGUGAUGGAGGAACUGGUCGGGGAUGGAAAACUGAACUGGGGGAGGGUUGUCUCCUUAUUCACAUUUACCGGAGUGCUGGUCACUAAAUUGUACACCAGGGAAGGAGGCAGAGACUGUUGCCAGAGACUGGCUCACACAAUAGCAGACUACUUGGGGCAGGAGAAGCGGGACUGGCUGGUGGAGAAUGAAGGCUGGGAAGGUUUCUGCAAGUUCUCGCGGGCAGCUCGGGAGGUCAACCACGAAUCGUCCAUGAAGACAGCACUGUUCGCCGCCGCUGGAGUGGGCAUCGCAGGCCUUACUUUCCUGCUCGUACGCUGAGCUGAGCUGAGCUGGGUCCAGAUAGCAUUUCUCAUCUGCCAUUAAAGUUUCAUCCCUCCCUCACGAGUAGGGUCAGUGUCAGUCACAUCUCAAGAAAGGUGAAUGUUCCCACACACAUGCGCGCACACGCACACACACACACACACGACAACUUUACCUUUUGCUUUUAAAUUAUGAUGACAACAGAUUUCGUAUAACUUAAAAAGGAUGAUUGUAGAAUUGACGACAUGGCCUUCUGAAAUCUUUGGAAAUUUUUACAUAUCUUUUUCUACUGUCAAAGUCUAUUUUGUAAAUGACAACACUUGUCAUUCAUUCACCUCUGUGAUGUGUAAUACCUGAUGAACAGUCUGAGAUUUUGUUUUUGGUGGGAUUUUUUUCCUUUCGAUCAUGUGAACACGGCUGAAAGAAAUCCUCAGUUCUGUUUUCCUUCAUUGACCUGUUGUGGAUGGAACCAUACAUGGCUUGAAAAAGUAAUAUAUUUAUAUGAACUGUAAAACUGUAGCCAAUUAGCAAACAUCAUCACUUUUUUAUUUUUGUUUGCCCAUUUUGACUGAGAUGCUCUUUUAUGAAUUUGGAGUUUUUUUGUCUGUUUUUAAGAAGGUAAGAAACUUGGUGCUAGCUUGUUUCCAUCUGCAAGCAUUCAACGCUCUAGUCCACUAACCUUUUAAGUGACCAAAAUGUCAAAAUUAUUUAUUUAGCAUUUAAGAACAAAUCAUUUCAAUGUCCCAUGUCCCCAAAAAGCAUUAUAUUUUUACAUCAUUUAAUUUAUUUAACACUUUUCUUAAUAAAAAUGGUACAAUAAAAAUGGC